GCGACCUUGGUCUUGAUACUUGGGGCAAUGCCGGGCCGGACUUCAGCCUGGUGUCAUUGUGGAGCCCUUCUCCCUGUCUCUUCUUGUCCUUUACCGCCUCUCGCGAUUCCUGUAACGAGGGCCCUGCGGGUGGGCGUCCGGAGACGCGGUUUCCAUUCCAGCCUGAGCCACUGGUUGGCCCUCUGACCUUGGACAGGAUAUGUCCUUUUACGGACUUGGAUCUCAUUUAUUUAUUUAAUCAAUCAGCUUUUUAAUUUUUUUUAAAUAGAUUUCAGAGAGAAAGGGAGAGGGAGGGAGAGAUAGAAACAUCCAUGACAGAGAAUCAUUGAUCAGCUGCCUCCUGCACGAUGGAUCGUGGAUCGAGCGGCAACCCGGACAAAUGUCGUGACCUCCUGGUUCAUUGGUUGGCGCUCAACCAGGCCGUGCUAGCCUCCUGUAGAAGCUGGAGCUCUUAUUCACAGUGAUUGUGAGCUCAUUAAGGGCAGGAAUUGACUUUUAUUAGUAUUAGAUACUGUCGCUUGACCGUGUACGGAACAAGGACAGUUUAGGUACUCGGUGCCUACUUCUAGGUUGCAAAACCUUAAAAAAUCUGGUGAGAGCUAUUGAUCUCCACUUCCCACCUCUCUAACCCCAGCCCCACCCAUGCUCAGGUACCGGGAAUUUGGUUUACUAUUUCAGAUAUUUCACAGAUCUCUCUUGAUGCCCAGUCAUGGAUUCCGGAGCCUGAAUCUUGGAAGCACUGCCAACAUGUCUGAUGUUCAAGAAGCCACUAACCAACUUUUGCAUGUGAACCUUCAUGAGAAGCAGAGGGGUAUACACGUGACAGAAAGUGUCCCCAGAAGUGAUUCCGAGCAUCUUCGAGUCACUAUUGGAGCCACUGUACCUACUGGUUUUGAGCAAGCAGCUGCAGAUGAAGUGAGAGAGAAAUUGAGGUCACCAUGCAAAAUCAGCAAAGAUCGGGGCAAGAUAUAUUUUGACAUUUCAGUGGAAAGUUUGGCUCAGGUUCAUCGUCUGAGAUCAGUUGAUAAUUUAUUUGUGGUUGUUCAGGAGCUUAAAGAUUUCCAGUUCAAAGAAACAAAGGAAAAAGUCCUAAAGGAUUUUGAAGAAUUGGCUGGGAAGCUUCCAUGGUCAGACCCUUUAAAAGUAUGGAAAAUUAACACCAGUUUCAAGAAGAAAAAAAUAAAGCGCAAAAAGUUAAAUCAGAAUUUAAGUAAAGAGAAGAUUGAUAAUGGACGAGACAAAAGAGAGGAGAGAGAUGUCAAAAAAGAGUUGUCUAAUAAUUCCUUAGAUUCACAUAUUUUAGACUACUAUGAAAAGCCAGCCAUCAAAGAAGAGAUAUCAACAUUAGUAGGUGAUGUUUUGGCAUCUUGCAAAAAUGAGACUGAUGAGAGCUUAAAAGAAGACACUGAUCCCGAAGUGCUCAAGUUUAGAGUCACAUGCAACAGGGCAGGAGAGAAACAUUGCUUUUCCUCAAAUGAGGCUGCAAGAGAUUUUGGGGGUGCUGUUCAAGAUUAUUUUAAGUGGAAGGCUGACAUGACCAACUUUGAUGUGGAGGUGCUUUUGAAUAUCCAUGAUAAUGAAGUCAUUGUGGGAAUCGCAUUGACAGAAGAGAGCCUCCACCGAAGAAAUAUCACACAUUUUGGACCUACAACUCUAAGAUCUACUCUUGCUUAUGGGAUGCUCAGGCUCUGUUCUCCUCAACCUUCUGAUAUAAUAGUUGAUCCGAUGUGUGGAACAGGGGCAAUACCAAUAGAGGGGGCUACUGAAUGGUCUAACUGCUUUCAUAUUGCUGGUGAUAAUAAUCCAUUGGCUGUGAAUAGAGCAGCAAAUAACAUUUCAUCUUUACUGACCAAGAGCCAAAUUAAAGAAGGCAAAUUGUCCUGGGGCUUGCCCAUAGAUGCUAUUCAGUGGGACAUCUGCAAUCUGCCAUUGAGAACUGGCUCUGUGGACAUUAUUGUAACAGACAUGCCUUUUGGAAAAAGGAUGGGCUCUAAGAAAAGAAACUGGAACCUUUACCCAGCUUGCCUAUGGGAGAUGAGCCGUAUCUGUAAACCAGGGACAGGCAGAGCUGCACUACUUACUCAGGACAAGAAAUGCUUUACCAAGGCAUUAUCUGGAAUGGAACAUGUAUGGCGCAAAGUGCACACUGUUUGGGUGAACAUAGGUGGUCUUCAUGCUGCAGUUUACCUUCUGAACCGUACACCUCAACCUUUUGUUCAUCCUUCAGGACAAGAUAAAGAGGAACUUCUAAGUGCAAAGAAUGAUUAAUAGUAUUUGUGCUUCCUGACACUAGAAAUGCCAGAAUUAUCUUGCUUUAAGAGAAAAAUAGUAUUUAGUAUUAACAGAAGUACAGUUUGCUGUUUAAGUUGGUCUAAAGCUCUUCACCCGGGUUAGCAGAUGUGAAUAUAACGUCAUGGAAUUGAAAGUCCUAUGAGAGAACAUUUCUUCCUUUGCAGCUGUUGUGAAGAGGUAGUUGGGCAAUUGGUACUUUUCCUAAAAUGCUCUUGAGAUUUGGGUUUAUAUUUUAUUUUCAGGCUUUGUACCAGUUCCUGUUGUCCAUUGUAGCCACCCUGGCCAAAUGGAAAAACAGAGAACAUAAUCAUAGCAUCUUAGGCAACAUAGAUACUGCCUAUGUACUUUUGCUAUUUAGUUGCUCAAGUUCUCUUUAUGUCAACCUUAAAAAAUGUAUUACAUUUUGUGAAAGUGUUUGCCCCACGAUGAGAUGAAAUCUCACAAGACCUAUAGAAAAGUUUACCAUCUGCCUUAAAAAUUAAAAUAUGCAUGUUGUUAUUCAGGUUAAUACAUAGAGGACUAGAAUUUAGCAAAGGAAUUACAAAGACACAUUCUUAUUUGUAAAUAGUAGCAAAUACACUAGAUGAAGAAUGGGACCAACAAGUCAAAUUUAAAGAUUUUAUUUUUCAGUACACAAGUGGUAUUGCUUUUCAAAGUCAAACAUAAACCUGUCAAAAUAUUUUUGGUUUCUUAAAAGGACAGACUGAUUUAUCUUUGAAUUAAAAACUUCACCUGA